AUGUCCAGUCAAGGAACUUUACAGAAAGCUAUUGAGUUGGUGACAAAAGCUACAGAAGAGGACAAAAAGAAAAACUAUGAAGAGGCCUUGAAAUGUUAUGAACAUGCAGUGGAAUACUUCCUUCAUGCUAUCAAGUAUGAAGCUACAAGUGAUAAAGCAAAGGAAAGUAUUCGGGCAAAAUGUAUUCAAUACUUAGAUAGAGCAGAGAAACUAAAGCAGUAUCUAAAGAAGAAAGAUAAAAAACCUGUACCAGUUGGAGGAAAACCAGGAAAAAAUUCAUCAGA